CCACCAGGACCGCCUGCGUGCCCUCAGUCUACCGGCGUCCGCACUGAAGCUCGGAGCUGAAUUUUCUCUCCCAGCGGCGGUUUAAGGUUCGUUAGUUUGAGUUCAUCGCGCAGAAAUGUUGUGUUUCAGCGGGCUGUCGGUGGCGCUGGCUCUCGCUCUGGUCCCGGGUCCCGGUGAAGCCCUGAAGGAGGGAGAGUGUGAAGUGUGUGUGACGUUCCUCGGGAAGUUUUACGAGUCCCUGAAGGAAAACAACGUGAACUUCAACAGCGCAGACAUCGAGAAGGCCAUCGUGAAGAGCUGCAAAGAUGCUAAAGGCAAAGAGAACCGCUUUUGUUACUACAUCGGAGCAACAAGUGACGCAGCCACCAAGAUGAUCAACGAGGUGUCCAAGCCUCUCAGCUACCACGCCCCCGUGGAGAAGAUCUGCGAGAAACUGAAGAAGAAGGACAGUCAGAUCUGUGAACUGAAAUACGACAAACAGCUGGACCUCACCUCAGUGGACCUGAAGAAGCUUAAAGUGAAGGACCUGAAGAAGAUCCUGGAGGAGUGGGGCGAGUCCUGCAAAGGCUGCGCCGAAAAGUCCGACUUCAUCCGCAAAAUCACAGAGCUCAUGCCCAAGUACGCCCCCGCAGCCGCCAAAGCACGGACAGAUCUGUAAUGAGGAACAAAAACAAACAACUUUGGACUUGACUUGGACCAGACUGCUAUCCAGGGAGGACCAGGAGGACCAGGAGAGGAGGAGGAGGAGGAGGAGGGGGGGAGUUUUUUCUGACGUGUUUGUCUCAGUCUAGUUUUUUUUUUUAAUCUGGUAGUCCUGCACUGAUUCAGCAGUAUAGAUAUUUAGUGUAAACACAUAAAUGCUGAAGUCCUUCACUAUACUUUUAAAUCAAGUGUAAGGAGAGGGAGUUUGAGUUUCACAGCACAGGAGCACUGACUGAAGGGGACCUUUGAGCGUUUGGGAGCAGGACUUCUGCUUAUGUACUUCAUACAUUUCACAGUAUAUUGGCUAUAAUCUCCAAAAAUGUCAGUAUAACCAAAUAUUCCAUCGUUGCAUUUUAACGGAAAUGUCACGGAGCAGCUGAAUCAGUGACGACUGCACCACACGUGUCGCUGUAAACGCCCACGCUACCACUCCUCCAGCCUCUUACUGCCCAGAUGCUUUUUGCAAAGUCAUCAUGUUUUGAAGAAUGUGUUUAACUUCCUGUAGUGUUCCCACAUCUUUACCCUCCAUUUCCACGACAUCCUGUCGAGGAGGAUGUUUUUCCUCGUCGGUGACCGAAGCCCCCGAACAUGAGACAUCACAACCGUUAUCAGGCGCUGCAGUUCCUCCUGUCCAAUACGAGACAAGAGAUCAUUUUACUAACGUGAUCCAGGACAAAAUCUGUUCUGUGCAAAAAUCAAGUAGAUAUGUUACAAAGUUAGACUCUCUUUCUUACGUAUUCUCCACUCGAUUAGUCAAACUCAGAAACUGAAACUGCACAGAACAGGACUGUGUUUCUUAGCGGAUCACUUGCGUGGUUAUUGAGUUCUGAAGGGGAUCUGUUAAUGUGAACAGGAGGAACAACGACAGCAACUAGAAGCGGUUCUGAUUUACAUACGGGCAAGCGAGUGUUGUAUUAAGAUGAAAUAUGAAGCUUUAAUCCUUUAAGGCCUGAGGUAACGUAAAAAAGCCCAUGACCUGCAGAGACAGACCUCCCAACACUUUUUUUUUUUCCCCCUUUAACCUCCAAUUUAUUGAUUUUUGUUGGUUCACAGUUUACAGAGUCGCCCAUAUUCCAGCCCACAGUCAGUCACACAGAUUGUGCCCUUAUUAAAAAACAUUAAAUAAAACAACUUGUUUUUCUUCUCCUUUCUGAUCAGCACCAUGACCAUUAAUCCACAAGGAGUUAAACCAAAAUGUGAUGAAAAUGUCCCCUGAAUAUGUAAAACUUGAAAUAAUUAGUGUCUUAUGCCAGGAAAAAACGUCCUCAGAGGUCGUGGAGUAUGGGUGACGUGUGUUGAAGGACAUUUCUGUUUGACAUCGAUCCUCCUCCUAUUUCUUUUUUUUUUUUUUUUUGUCUUUUUUUUUUUCCCAAAGUGAGAAAUAUUUAUUAAAGAUUUAUCUCAUUUCUGAUACGUGGUCAUUGUUUUCCUGCUUUGCUUUUUCGGUCCGACUGACUCCAUCCCAGAUGGUUUCCGUAGUGCUGCCGUUCGUCUUGUGACCAUUGUAACUCGUGAAAAACACGCUGCAGCUCAACCUGCUGCCCGCCUUCCACUUCCAAACAGCGCCGGCAUCACGUCGCAGAAUGAUCCAGUCAGACAGGCGUUGGGUGAUGGGAGUGUUGAAAUUUAAAAGAAAGACAAAGGAACUGUUUGAUCCCACUCUCACCUGCACCUGUGCAACAACAUGCGAGGUUCCUGAUAUUCCUAUAUGUAUAUUUACUUCCACAUGCUGCGGUGACGCCUCUCCCCUCCCAACCCCGGGUUUUUGUGUCUUUCAGAAGGGAUAGAUAUUUUAUUGUUUGAUGUAAGCAAACGAUGUGUACUUAAAACAAAAUCAUGAUAAACGGUUUGUGAUGCUUGAACAGACUUGAAAUGAAAACUGAACAUAUGUUGUUGUUUCAUGUACGGCCCAGGCGCUUUGUUACGACUGUACUAUUUUACUUUUUCAUUAAAAUAUGAAAAAUGUC